GUAUCUCGCGCGCGGUCGCCGCGCACGAAUAUGACGUGUGGUCGAUGAGAGGUAUGCACGGAAGGCGUAUAGACCGGCGACCUACGUCGGCCAACCUCGACCGACCUGACGUGAAGUGCCAAGGUAAAAGGGACAGUGCGCGUCGACGGGUUAAAUUUAGGAGCCGACGCGGGAACCUCGACCUCUCGGCCGAGUCGUCCUUUGUAAUCGCGAGUUUCCGUCUCUGUGCGCGGCAAGAGCGAUGACGACCUCCGAGACGUCGCAUGACAUCAGCAAGCAACCGUCGGCUAUCGUGCGCAUCGCAUAUCAUCAAUUGAGUAUUAUGUGCGGCACAUACGAGUCCCCCAGACCGACGGCUGACGCCGACACGAACACGCACGAUGGUGUGCACAUGGUGUGCACGCGACGUCUGAUGGAUCUGCCGUUGCUCGCCGCAGUGACUGCGGCCCUUCGCAACGCUUACGCGGUCACAAAGGGCUCGCAUGAGGCGGUUGCGACGAUAUUCGGACACGCUGAGGACGGUGUGCGCGCCAGCCUGCAGUUCGCCAGCCCCGUCACCGACCGCGUCACCGACGCUUUGGAGACGCCGCUCAAAGCCGUGGAUGAUGCCGUCUGCGUCGGCCUGGACUACGUUGAAGAAAAGCUGCCCUCCGUGAAGCUGCCGGCCAGUCAGAUCUACGCAAACGUGAGAGAUUGCGUAAGGAGUAUUUUCUCGUCGGCACUAGAGACCCUCAGGCUUCUAUUCAGCGGGCCGAAGAACCAAAUAGAGGGAUCGCCGGCCGUGAGUGAGGACGCACAAAAGGAGAGUCGCAGGGUGUCGAGUUGAAUAGAGCGAGUGUAAGGAAUAAUUUGUACUUUAGCAAAUUUUCAUUUGUGCGAAAUACACAUAUAUUGCGAGAUCGUUCAUGACCCUUCGACGGCGGAUUCCGCGCGACGGGUAUUAGAUAGCGAGGAGAACAGGUAUCGAGAGUGUACCCGAGUGCCGCGCUGUAAAAAAAAAUGUAUACGAUCACACGAUGGUGUAUCUGUCCCUGCGACUAGUGACAAUUUGUUACAUAUAGACACAAACACACUUUCACUCUUGUCGCGGAAUUAACGACGAACGAAUGAGCCACCUUAGUAAUAGCUUCGACGUUUGACAGCGAGACACAUACUUCUGUACAAUAACUGUUUAGUGUUGUUCCUGCAAAUAAAUCCUGCGUUUAUGUUUUCCGA